AUGAAUUUAGCGGCGAGGUGUCAACAUACUAGACGGCGAAACAAGAUGAAGAGAAUAGCUUUGGAAUUGAAGGGAUUUUGUUCAUAAAAAGAUGAUCAUUGUCCACAAACAUAUAAUUUAGGGAUUUUUGUCUGAAUAAGUCUUGCAGUGUUUAUAUGACAAAAUAUACGUAUCACAUUCUAGCUUUCUCCUUCCCUACAAUGUUAGAGAGAUACUCUCGGAAAAAAACCGGAUUGCAGACAGUCCCAGACACCUACGAGGACUUCGAUGCUGCAAUUAUUUUAUGGAAAAAUAAUUGAACGUUUACAUGAAUGGUUUUAACAAACAAAUAUCGCUAUCUACGGUAUUAAAUCUGGCUGUAUAGCUGUAACAGUUACAUAGAGUUGUGUUCACCUCGUGCCUAUCAACGGGAGAUGUUCCUCCCCCAAGCACGGCAAUAUCGCGUGAUUCAAGUUUGUUGUUUUAUAUGGUUUAAAUAAGCAAUGAAAACUGCGCGUUAUAUUACCAUGUAACUAUAUUUAUCAGCCCGGCGUUUUGCAAGUCUUUGUAGGUCAUAACUUGCAACAGAUUAGAUUGCACGACGUCGGCUGUUCCUACUCCUAGCACUUGUAAUGUAUCAUUCAGGAUAAUCACGAGGGGUUUCGUGAAAGUAACCACAAAUGAUAACAGAAUGACUUCAUGAGGUAAUGUCACAGCAAGUCGCCAAUACAUGUGAACGCAUUAUAUUAACUAAGGUCGUUCUUAAUAUAAUAUCAACUCAGUUGAUCGCUGCUGUAUAAUUGUUUACAAGCAGAUAUCUGUUUGAAACGAGGUCCGCAAAGAUCGCUUCAGAAUGUGGAAUAACAACAGCAAUGCGACCGUAUCUUACAGCAGUUUGGAUAAACAUUAAACACUCCUUUGAAAUGGAACAAAUUAAAGUGUGUUCAUUAACAGAUAUAUCUAUUCUGUGGCAUUAGCAUAAACGUUAUUCUGAGCGCUGUGUUGCCCUGAAGCCGUUGUCUUGUGCAUGUUGAAGUUCAACGAAUUGUUUGGUUUUAAAAGAGCAGAUUGUGUUUAAAAUUGGAUCAAUACGGGACAUUGAUCGCACGUAAGCAUGACUUCCGUGCUUCGACGAUUCACGUUGGUGCUUUUGGUGACACAGAUAUUACUGGAUGUCAGUUCUGCGUAUCCUAUUGCGAAUGGGGGAAAUGAAAAACUAAACAGAUUCGAGCGUUCGCUUCAACCAGGCUGCGGUCGAAAAAAACAUCUUCGGAACAAAGAUGGCCUGAUUGUUGUCAAAGGCGAGGACCUGUGGCAAGGGGGGGACGUAUCGUGUUCGUGGAUUAUACACGUAUCGCGCGGGACUCUCGCACAACUUCAGUUCGCCAAAUUUAACAUCGAGGACUCGUGCCCAGGGAUAUGUCGGUGCAACUACGUCGCGGUGAAAGAAGAUAUUGGGACAAAAAGACCGGUUAUGAACAAAUACUGCAACGAAAGGAAACCUCCCAGGGAUCUAGUAUCCGGGGCUAACAAAGUUCGUAUACACCUCAGUCUAAAAGCCGGUAGUCGUCGAACUGGAAACACAAGUUUUGUGUUCAAGUAUGCUAUUAUGUCAAGCGAAAAAACAACAGAGCUUGCCACUCAUGGAAACAAGGAUAUUCCGGGUAAUGAUAACAGCAAUGAACCAAGGAAUAUUCGCGUUAGGAAACGUGUACCUGGUGACGAGGGUUCUGACGUUACCGCGCAGCGUACACAGCAAGAUCCUGGGCCGAGUAAACUUACAAUAAUUCUAGCCGUCGCUAUUCCGGUCGUGCUCAUUUUCCUUGGAGUCGUGUUACUGAUAGCGUACUAUUAUUAUUACACAGACAAAAAACAGAAGGAAAGCGGAGAGGACAUACCGAAGAGCGGAGCCACUAUCAGUGAUUUGAUCAUGAACAGCAGCGUGACACUGACACCGAUGUUCAACUUGGGGAAAGCAAGACGUGAAUCGACGCAACGAAAAGAAAAAGCAAGUAAACUUUAUGACGACAUGUUGCAAAACUGGAGGAGAAUGAAUGAUGAUAAGAAGAAGCGAGAACUAGCCAGGGUGGAAAGCGUGAACACGUGGGAAUCGUACAAAAAACACAAACAAAGGCGCAAUACAAGAGAUGUUGAAGAUGCGAAUAACGAAGCGUUUGCAAUGCUUGUUAGCAACGCCAUUAAUGUCGCGGCCGAUACAGUCCCUCCUCCGGAAACCCAAGAAAAUGGCGAACACGAGGUUAAGGAAACUACAGAGGAAGUUGAGGAAAAGCCUAGAACGAGCAGUAUUUUGAUCAAGAGAAGCUCCGACAGCAUUCGUAACAGCCGUGGCUCCAAGGUCCUUUCCUGGAGCGAUGUUUCGUCCAGCAAACCUGAAGAGGAGAAAGUCAAUUCAUACAAAAGAACCAAAAGUGAAACGGAGUUGAAAACGUUGCCAAGAGGAAGCGGGGGUUCAGCUCAUAUUCCCGCCAUUGUUGUGAGCCAGCCGAGUGUUGAUGCCGAGGAUGAUGAGACUGAAGCUAAUGAUACUGAUAGAUUAAUCAAAGUGGACAAACACUGUCCUAAAAACCAGAGCGGAGAGGGGAAUGAACCAAAGAGUUCCACAACAUACAGCUGUUCAGAACAUGUUAAAGAUAUUUUGCGAGAAAGUUAUGGCGAAGAGGACGAAGACUGGUUUCAAAAACCAAAGAAAAGCCCUUCGCAAGGCAGUCUACAUGGAAACUCAGAGUCUAACGUGAAGUACCAAGCCAUGAAGACGUCUGAAGAUAAUGACGACAUUGAUUGAAACUCUUCCCGAGUCACUGGGCAAAGAAUUUAAAAAAGACGCUCUUUCCUUGAGGAUUUAGACAGAGGAGCGCACAGUUGAUAGCAUGGGUUGUAUGUACCAAUGCAGAAAAUUCUGUCCACACAGCAGAAGACCUUUUAAGGAGUAUUUAAG